AGCACGUUAAACCCUAUAUUUAAAAAAUAAAAUAAAAGUGAAUUAAUGAAGCACAAAAUAGAAUUUAAGGAUUAUUCAGGCCUUUUUCCUUUUCUUUAUGGAAAACAUAAAUAAGUUCUUGUUUUGAAUUUGAUGCCAGCAAAAUCUUUCAAAUAAGUUGCGACAGGGGCAUGUUUACCACAGAGUUGCAUCAGCUCUUCUAACAACACUCUUCAAGGGCUUGGAAACUAUGGCAGACCGGUUGCUGUAGAUUUGAAAGAAACAUGUUUUCAUGGAAGAUUUCAGCAGCUCAACACUUCAGAGCCCCCUUUGUUAUAUACAUGUUAUUUAUUUAUCUUUGGUUCGCAUUAUCUAGAAUGUUGAUACUGGGUGAUGGCCCUGACCUGUUUAGCCCCUGGACUCACUCGGUACAGAUCCAUACUGCUGUAAUUCGUGAGGAAUGUUGUUUUGCACGGUCUUGCUGAAAAAAAAGCAAAGGCUUUCCAAAAAAGAAGUCAUCUGAUCCGAUACCUGUACAUAUCAAAUUGUUCAGCAUUAAUGGCGAUUUCACAGAUUUGUGAAAGCACCAUCAAGAUUUGUGAAGUUACUCAUAAUAUUGCUCACUAAUGUAUGCGCAUAUCAUCAGGAAUGGUGCCAUUCUUCUGAAUUAUAUUUAUGUAUAAUUUGUUUGUUUUUCACAGUGGUUUUGAGAAGUUGUUUAGUCCACUUCACAGAUUUCCACCACAGAACUGAAAUGGCGCUGAAGAGCACUGCCGUUCAGUGUUGGUUUUCAGCUUUCCCCCUGAAUACAGAGAAUUCUUAGAAUUCCCUUAAUCUUUUAAACAACACUGAACUGGAGAUUAUAUAACCCAGUGAUAGUGGAAGAUUAUGGAGAUUGUGUUUUACUUUGAAAAAAAAAACCCACUGGUGAAACACUCAACAUAGUUGCAUCUAAAAGACUCUCUUUUUAAACCCAAUUACAAAAUUGAUCUAUUUUCAGUUUACCCAAUUGGAAUCAAUACUGUUUUUUAGAAGAGGUUUCAGGCAUUUUACUAGCUGGGUUUUCCCAUCUUUUUGGCCCCUGUCCUAAAAAGUAUAGCUUACAAUUUAAACUGAGUGUAUAUAAAACACAACAACAAAAACAAAAACAGGAAAGAAAAAUAGGAUAGUCAUUUUUUUCUCUUCAUCACAAAAUCAGUACUGCUACCUUACCUUGUACCUUAGCAAGAUGCCUUGAACAAAAGCCACCAAGUGGCUUUGUCUUACAAAGACAAAAACUACCUUUCAGCACAUCUGUCAAUCAUUCAUCGACAUGUUUUAACUGAAAAGUGUAAAAGUACUAUCCACUAGAUAAGAGAUAAUGACUACCUAUUAAUUGGUGAGUUUUGCCUACAUAUUGAGUUUGCUGCCUCCUGGCUCUAGCCUUUAACAUCAGUACUCAGCUAUAAGAGCAAUGUAGACUUGACCUCCAGCACAAAGUGAACAAGUAGACAGUCCUAAAUGUCUAGCUAUUCCUUUUUGCAGUCUCCAAAUGGGUACCGCAAAGACAAUACAGAGGUUCAAUAAUUAAAUGGUGGCUGCUCAGUCUGCAUUUAAACUUGUGUCUCUGUGGUAUGCUGUCAGGUCCUCAGCUGGUGUUUUUCUUUAUUAGCACAACAGACCAUGACACAUUUAUAUUCAUGUUGCCUUUCUAGCUGGUGACAGCAGCAUAACUAAACCCAGUUAGGCUAACGUUGUUUCUCAAGCACAGAUAAUGUGUUAAACUCUGAGUAAUGAGUGCAAAUGAAAUAAAAGAAGUCACAUUUUUUUUGUUAGUAGUAACUCAUUUCUCUUUACAUGCUGGCUAUGCACAUCAGCCGGCUGUGUAAUGACUUUUCAUUUUCAUCAAAUCUUCAGUUUUUUAGACAUCUGUUGUGUUUCUCUUUAGAUGCUUCUUUGAAAAGUGUCCAAGUGGGACGCUUUUCUUCCAUUUUAACACUUGACUCAGCUGCGUGAACCUUACAUCUGCGCGCAGUGUCUGAAAAAGGCUAAAGGUGUGUCCGAGGCACAGCCAUGUGUGCUCUGCAGCUGACUUCUAAAUAUUCCAGCAGCUGCACUGCAUGUGCGGCUGCACUGAUACAAAACCACGAAAAGCAAGGAGCGCACUUCACCAGGCAUCAACACAGCCAUGCUACCUCCUGCCGACACUUUCACCUGGGUGCUCCCCAGGCACCCAUCUCAGCUGAGUUUCCUUUAGGACAUGCCAGCCAGCCCCCGCAGACAGGCCUGGCCACCCACCUGCCCCCGACGCACCAUCCACCCCUCACUGCCCUGCCCGGACCCCCUCAGUUUCAGGAUGUGCCGGGGCCUUCAUUCCUACCUCAGGCCUUACACCAGCAAUACCUCAUCCAGCAGCAGCUCCUCGAAGCGCAGCAUCGCAGGAUCCUCCCACACUCCAGAAGAGCCCAGGAGCGUAUUCCCCUGAACCCUCACAGACUGCGUUCGGGCUACGAGUACUCCCCGCCUCUCCAUGUUCCUCAGCCAAUGACACAACAACCGCGGUACCUGGCCGAAGGCACCGACUGGGAUCUCAGCGUAGAUGCUGGCCUCCCUCACCAUCAGUACCAGCUCCAGCAGCUUCCGCAGCACUAUCAGCAUUACCUGGCCUCCCCUCGAAUGCAUCACUUUCCCAGGAACACAUCCUCUGCACAAGUGGUUGUGCAUGAAAUCAGAAACUACCCAUACCCCCAGCUUCACCUGUUGGCGCUGCAAAGUUUAAAUCCUUCGAGGCACGCCACUGCUGUGCGAGAAAGCUAUGAGGAGCUGCUGCAGCUGGAGGAUCGACUGGGGAGCGUUAGCAGAGGAGCUGUUCAGACAACCAUAGAGAGAUUUACUUUUCCACACAAAUACAAGAAGAGAAAGCCCCUGCAGUUGAAGAUUGGGGAGGAGGAGGAAACAGAUGUUGAUGAAAAAUGUACCAUAUGUUUGUCCAUGCUGGAGGACGGAGAAGAUGUCAGGAGGCUGCCCUGCAUGCACCUCUUCCACCAGGGCUGCGUGGACCAAUGGCUGGCCACCAGCAGAAAGUGUCCAAUCUGUCGAGUUGACAUCGAAACACAGCUGAACCCCGACAGCUGAUGAGAUUCGACACUCUCGUGAUUCAGUCGCCCUCGUGGUGCGAUUCUUGCUUUCUUCCACCUCCGGCUCGCCAGCCUCCCCCACCUUACCCUACCCCACCCCACCUCCCUCGACCUCCUCCUUCCCGUCGGGUGCUUUGCCAAAUGUCUCCAGACUUCAUGUGACAUCACCACCCUUCUGAGUCACGCUUUACUGAGCCAAGCCAGGAAAACUAACUGCACGGAGAGGCCGCAAAGGACUCUCUUUAUAUAGAAGCACAUCCCUCUGGAAGCAAAAGACACACUAACAAACAAAUACUCAUAUACACAGGGUUUACUUGUAGCUUGCUGGUCUUACGUGGGGUUGUUGUUGCUGUUGUGGUGUUGUACUGUAGGUAGCCUGGGGCUGUGUAGCAUGUCCUCAAAGCCAUGAGUUAAUGUCCUGAGACUAGAAAACACAUAACCCCAGACCUAGCUGGCUACUUUUCUCUCUUCUCUUCAAUCUCUCUCUCUUGCUCUCUUUUUACACACACA